CUCUCUAAGGAUCUUGUUAACAAUAUUGAAACUUCGCUUUGGUCCAAGACAGGUGAUCUGAAUGAUCAAUGGCGCUUUACUCAGAUAUCUGUGUCGGCCUCCCAUCAGUACAAGAUAAUCGUUGAGGGAGUAGUGGGAUCAAAUUAUCAAGGUGACAUUGCUAUCGAUGAUGUAGAGUUGACCACUGGGUCAUGUGGACGUCCAGGUUUUUGCGACUUUGAAGAAGGUAUGUGUGCGUGGUCCAAUACUGUCAACGAUGAUUGGGAUUGGCUGCGAGCAAAUGGGAAUACCCCAAGUUCUUAUACUGGUCCAACUACAGAUCAUACUACCAAUUCUGACCAAGGAUUCUACAUAUUCUUUGAGACCUCGUUCAGUGGCAUGACAACUGGUGAUACGGCUCAGCUGUUCAGCGAACAUCUUGACUCCACCAGUGUAUCAUGCGUCAGUUUCUGGUAUCAUAUGUACGGCUCCG